AUCGGACUAAACUGAAAUGUAUGUAUUGUCUUACCAAAUAAAAUCUGUACUUAUCUUAACACUUUGUAGUUAAUUUGCCAGUAACGAACCGACUUUUGUCCGUUUACCAGCCCAUUUGUCAAGUCAGGAAUUUACAGGCUUGCAUAGACGGGGUUUAAUUUUGAUUCUCAAGAUGGACAAAAGUACCCAAAUUUACGCCGCAACCGCUGCCACGCUCGGAGCAUUUGGUUUGGGAACCGUGUUAGCAUGGACGAGUCCAGGUUUGCCCAGCAUGAGGAAGGAUUCAGAUGACUUUCGUGACAUCAGCACAGGGACAGAGUCUUGGAUCGGCGCAAUCCUAUGCGCGGGCGCGUUUUUUUCCGCACCGGUUGUUGGCGUCUUAAUGGACACAAUUGGUCGAAAACCAACAAUGAUGAUUCUUUCCCUUCCCUUCCUCCUCGGCUGGCUGCUCAUGGGCUUUGCUACAAAUUUGGCUAUGAUGCUCGUCGGUCGGUUCAUUACAGGAUUUUGUGGUGGCGGGUUCUCCCUCGUGGCUCCAGUGUACAUUGCAGAAACUGCGCAACCCGAGAUACGUGGCGCUUUGGGUUCUGGCUUUCAGCUCAUGGUUGUCCUUGGAAUUUUCGUUGUAAAUGUGCUCGGGAAAUUGGCCGAUUUUCAGUGGAUUUCCUUUAUCUGCGGAGUAAUCCCUCUCGCCUUCCUAGUUGCCAUUUUGUUCGUGCAGGAAUCACCCCGAUACUUGUUGAUGAAGAAGAAGGAGGCAGAAGCGAACAAGGCUCUUAGUUGGUUUAGGAGGAAAACUUCAUCCCAAAAAGUCGAGGAGGAGCUGAGCAUCAUUCAAGCCGGUGUGACCGAAGCCCUUACGAACAAGGCUAAGCUGAGUGAUUUAAAACUGCCGUUCAAUCUUCGCCCUGCCCUGAUAAUGUUUGCCUUAAUGUUCUUCCAACAGUUGUCAGGUAUCAACGCUGUGAUUUUCUACACCUCGACUAUUUUUUCCGAUGCCGGGUCGGACAUGGAUCCCUUGGAUUCGGCCAUAAUCGUGAAUGGAAUGCAGAUCGUAGCCACGUUGGCAGCCGUCUUUCUGGUGGAUAGACUAGGGCGGAAAAUUCUGCUCACGGGUUCAGCCGCAACCAUGUGCGUCUCUCUGGUCUUGUUGGGUUUGUUCUUUCUUCUGAAGGAGAAAAAUAAGGCUGACAGCAUUGGUUGGCUCCCACUGGCGUCCCUGAUAAUCUAUAUUUCAGCAUUUAGUAUGGGAUUCGGCCCACUUCCUUGGAUGAUGUUAGGUGAAUUGCUUCCUGCCAAAUCAAAAGGCUUGGUCGCCACGAUGGCCACCAUGUUCAACUGGUUUCUUUCCUUCAUUGUCACCAAGUUUUACUCCGAUUUGCUAGCAGAAGUCGGUGCGCCCGCCUGUUACUGGGGGUUUGCCGCCGUAUGUGCUGUGGGGAUAGCAUUUGUCAUCAUUUUCGUCCCUGAGACUAAAGGCAAAACAUUGGAUGAGAUCCAGGAACAUUUCGGGGCGCCUCCUGUCCUGCCAAUCGGAGAGGAUGCGAGAAAGUAGUUUGCACUUGAGAGAGAUAUUGUAUGAUUUUAAAACGUGCCAAAAUAAACUAAGGGUCCUAUUUAAUUGAUCAUAAUUUAA